GCUGGCGUGUGGCGACGUGGAGGGGCGGCUGGAGGCGCUCUUCGGGCGGGUCCGGGCCAUCCAGGGCAAGAGCGGCCGCUUCGACAUGCUUUUGUGCGUUGGGAAUUUUUUUGGCUCUACUUCAGAGACAGAAUGGGCAGAGUAUCGCACAGGGGCCAAGAAAGCUCCAAUUCCAACCUACGUGCUUGGCGCUAAUGACCAAGAGACCGUGAGCUAUUUUCCAGACAUAAGUGGCUGCGAAUUAGCUGAGAACAUCACUUACUUAGGCCGUCGAGGUCUUUACAGUGGUACUUCUGGACUGCAGAUUGCAUACCUGAGUGGUACCGAGACCCAGGAUGAGCCAGCUCCUGCCUACAGUUUUAGCGCAAAGGAUGUGGCAGAAUUAAAAACAUCUUUGUUAUCAACCCCAAACUUCAAAGGCGUGGAUAUAUUGCUGACAUCUCCCUGGCCCAGAGAUGUGGGGACUUUUGCCAACAGUGCGGGAGAAAUAGAUACCAAGAAAUGUGGCUCCAAGUUAGUAUCUGAUCUAGCUGCGAGUCUCAAACCAAGGUACCACUUUGCUGCCCUGGAGAAGGCCUAUUACGAAAGACUUCCUUACAGAAAUCACACAGUGCUACAGGAGACACCACAGCAUGUGAGCAGGUUUAUUGCACUUGCUGAUGUUGGCAAUACAAGCAAGAAAAAGUAUCUCUAUGCCUUCAGCAUUGUUCCGAUGAGCUUGAUGGACCCUGCAGAGCUGGUGAAACAGCCACAGGAUGUCACCGAAAAUCCAUACCGAAAAUCGCGGAAGGAGGCGCAGAAGACCAAAGCACCCCUGUGUGCAGAGGAGGAACCAGCUUGUCAGUUUUUCUUUGAUUUGAACAAGCAUCAGGGAAAGAAACGUCCCUCAGAUGAGAAAGAGAGAGGGAACUCCCAACCUAAGCAAGCCAAAAAACCCCCACAGCCCACGGGGCCCUGCUGGUUCUGCCUUGCCAGCCCAGAAGUUGAGAAGCACUUGGUUGUUAGCAUUGGCACGCAUUGCUAUCUUGCCCUGGCCAAAGGUGGCUUAUUACCUGAUCACGUCUUGAUUUUGCCUAUUGGGCACUAUCAGUCAGUGGUUGACUUGUCUUCGGAGGUGGUGGAAGAAGUGACCAAGUACAAGUCUGCCCUAAAGGAAUUUUUCAGAAGCAAGGGAAAGAGAUAUGUCCUAUUUGAAAGAAACUAUAGGAGUCAGCAUCUGCAGUUACAGGUGAUUCCUCUCCCGUUGGACCACUGUACUUCCGAAGACAUUAAAGAGUCCUUUAUCGUACAGGCACAGGAACAACAGAUUGAAUUAUUAGAAAUCCCAGAACACUCAGAUAUUACGCAAGUGGCGCAGCCGGGGACGCCCUACUUCUACGUGGAGCUGGACACGGGGGAGAAGCUCUUCCACCGCAUCCGCGGCCGCUUCCCGCUGCACUUCGGCAGGGAGGUGCUGGCGAGCGAGGCGCUGCUGGCGCUGCCGCAGCGGGCCGACUGGCGGCGGUGCGACCGCUGGUGCCACGAGAUCGACAUCAUGAAGAAGUUGAACCAUCCCAAUGUAGUAAGAGCCUGUGAAGUUCCCGAGGAGAUGAACUUUCUGGUUAACGACGUUCCUCUUCUGGCAAUGGAAUAUUGUUCAGGGGGUGACCUCCGGAAGUUGCUAAACAAACCGGAAAAUUGCUGUGGGCUUAAGGAAAGUCAAAUACUUUCUCUGCUUAGCGACAUUGGGUCUGGUAUCCAGUAUUUGCAUGAAAACAGAAUUAUACACAGAGAUUUAAAGCCUGAAAAUAUUGUUCUUCAGGAUGAAGGUGGGAAGAUUGUUCACAAAAUAAUAGACCUGGGAUAUGCAAAGGAUCUGGAUCAAGGAAGUUUAUGCACUUCAUUUGUUGGAACAUUACAAUAUUUGGCUCCAGAACUCUUUGAGAAUAAAUCCUACUCAGUUACUGUUGAUUACUGGAGCUUUGGAACGAUGGUGUUUGAAUGCAUUGCAGGAUUUAGACCCUUCUUACACAAUCUACAGCCAUUUACGUGGCAUGAAAAAAUCAAGAAGAAGGAUCCAAAGCACAUCUUUGCUUCUGAAGAGAUGAAUGGGGAGGUUCGCUUUAGUACCCAUUUGCCACAGCCUCACAGCCUCUGUGGUUUAAUUGUAGAACCGAUGGAAAAUUGGUUGCAACUGAUGCUGAAUUGGGAUCCACAGCAGAGGGGUGGAGGUUUGGAUCCUGAGACCAGUCAUCCAAAGUGUUUCCUAAUAAUGGAUCACAUACUGAAUUUGAAGAUAGUACACAUCCUAAAUAUGACCUCUGCCAAGAUUGUUUCAUUUCUCUUGCAUCCUGAGGAAAGCCUUCAUUCCCUUCAGAUUCGGAUUGAGUUUGAAACUGGAAUAAGUACUGGAAAUCAGGAACUGCUGUUGGAAACAGGGAUUUGCCUGGACCCUCGGAAACCUGCUUCCCAGUGUGUUAUUGAUGGCGUAAGAGGCUGGGAUAGCUACAUGGUCUAUUUGUUUGAUAAAAGCAAAACUGUCUAUGAUGGACCCUUUGCUUCUCGGAGUCUGUCUGACUGUGUAAAUUACAUUGUACAGGAUAGUAAAAUCCAACUGCCAAUUCCUCAGCUGCGCAAGGUAUGGGCAGAAGCAGUUCACUAUGUGAUUGGGCUAAAAGAAGAUUAUAGCAGGCUUUUCCAGGGCCAGAGAGCUGCCAUGCUCAGUCUUCUUCGGUACAAUGCCAACCUAAUCAAAAUGAAAAACAAUAUGGUGUCAGCAUCUCAGCAACUGAAAGCAAAACUGGAAUUCUUUCAUCAAAGCAUUCGCCUCGACCUGGAGAGAUACAGUGACCAGAUGGCUUAUGGCAUAUCUUCAGAAAAGAUGCUCAAAGCCUGGAAGGAGAUGGAAGAGAAGGCUUCUCAGUGCGCACAGGCUGAAGAUAUUGGAUACCUGGAUGAGCAGAUCAUGGCUCUGCACACAGAGAUUGUAGAGCUUCAGAAGAGUCCGUACGCAAGGCGCCAAGGAGAGGUCAUGGAGAGCUUGGAACAGAGAGCCAUAGACCUGUACAAGCAAUUAAAAACAAGACCUCCAGAUCAUGCCUACAGUGACAGCACGGACAUGGUGAAGAUCAUUGUGCAGACAGUACAGAGCCAAGACCGAGUUCUCAAGGAGCUGUUUGGCCAUCUCAGCAAGCUCUUGGGCUGUAAGCAGAAGAUCAUUGACUUGCUUCCAAAGAUUGAAGUGGCUCUAAAUAACAUCAAGGAAGCUGACAACUCAGUGAUGCAGAUGCAGGGCAAAAGACAAAGGGAGAUAUGGCAUUUGCUGAAAAUCGCUUGCACUCAGAGCUCUUCUCGAUCGCUGGUAAGCUCCAGCCUAGAAGGGACAGCCUCAACUCCGGCAGCCAUGUGGCUUUCACAGAGCUCCUCAGGGAAUGUACCUCACCCUCUGUCAUCUGUGGCAACUCCUGAAGAUGGGGAAAAUUUUGCCCAUGUGAUAGAAGAGAAUCUGAAUUACCUUGAACUCUUUAGCAGUAUUUUGCAGGAGGCGAGACAGGAGCAGAACAACAGCAUGAUGAGUUUUGAUUGGAGCUGGCUGAAAUAGCCACAGGAGCUGACAUGCUGCUAUCUGCAAAGUGCCUGCAUGCUGAGAGGUGGCUUGGCAGCCUUCAAUGUGACGAGCUGGAGGGGACUGGUUGAUCAAUCACCUUGUGUUUUGUAAACCUUAGUGGAGUUGAUCACAAAGGUGAUGGUCAGUAGCAGAUACACCAUUGGCAGUAACAAACAGCAUUUUACAGGCUGUUGCCUACUUCGGCUUUCAACUAAACAAGUAACCUGCUUGUUGGAGACACACCUACAGCGCCCGCUGCCUUCACCUGUGGUGGGCACUCGUGGGGGCAGCCAGCCAUACAUAUCCCGCGGGAGCCGGCGCUGAGGGCCGUGUCCCUGCAGAACCUUUCCUGGAAAGAAGGGCGAGAGCAAAGGGUGGCGGCUGCCUCAGGGCCGGGGCCCUGCUGUCCCCCCGGCCCUCCCGCCGCUUGUCACGACUGCUCACGUGUGUAAUAUGAAUGUAUAGAUUAUAUAUAUUUUAAAUAGAAUUAACUGCAAUAAAUGCUGUGGAGAGGCU